AAAUAGCAAUAAUAGUAACGAUAAAAUAACAGUAAAUAAGAAAAUUACAUUAACAUUAUUAUUGUUUAAAUUAAAAUAAAUAAACAAAAUGGUUGAUAGUAGAGAGCGUAUUAGAGCACCACCACGUGAUGGUCGUGAAUUUUUAACAAGUCCACGUCAAGUAUUAAGACGUUUAAUGUUAUUAUCAGAAGGUCGACAAUAUCGUGAAGCAGCUGGGGUUGUUGGACGUCUUGGACCAUCAGUUUUACGUUCUGUUAUAUCUGAAUUACCAAUUGAUUUAUUAUUGGAAGCAUUACCACAUAGUGCUUAUCUAUUGGAAUCAUUUUUCUCCAGAUUAAAUACAGUUAAUCCAUCACCAAAACCAGAUGUACCAACAGAAGCUGUUAUGUGGCAAUUAGUUCGAUUAUAUGCAAAUCCACAAGAAUCUGGUUUAAGACAAAGAUGUUCAAAAUUAAUACAAGCUUUAGGACAAUGGGAACCAAAUUUAAGAAAUUUAUUAAAAGAGAGAAAAAAAUCAUUAGAUAAAGCUGUUCAAGGUUUAGGUAUACAUGGUUUAACAGCUGAUUAUAAUGGUUCUUUAAUAUGUAUGCAUAUUGCUUUAAAAAAUGAAUUAACACAACAUAUUGAAACAUAUAAGAAUGCUGUACAUAAAUUAGAAGAAAUGAGUACGAUAACAGUUAAUCAAGAUCCAGCACAAUCAUCACAUCAACGUUUAUUGGCAAUAAAUUAUGGUGAUAUACAACAGAGAUUAAUUGACAAUAAAACAUUAUUAACAAUAUUGGAUAAGCCAACAUUAAAACAAUUACAACAAUUAAUAGAAAAUUUAAAUGAAAGGGUACAAAGUGACAAAGAAGUUUUAUCUUGUAUUGGUCAAAUAAAAAGAUUAGAUCCACAAACAAAUAUGGAAAAAUUACCAGUAGCUGGUGUUUUAAUGAAUUUUUCACGUAGUUGUGAUGCAAUAUUAAAUCUAAUGGGUACUGAAAGUAAACCAUCAAGUCCAAGUGCUGACAGCAAUAAUGGUAGUGAUGGUUACCAUUCAGAUUCUGAUAUUGGUAUUGAUGAAACUAACAAUGAAAUUGUAAGACUUUAUAGAUGCCUUUACACACAAAAUAGAUCAGAGACGCUGGAGGCUUUAAAUAAUUUACCACAACUAAAACAUGUCCCAAACCUGAAAAUGAAAAUCUUAUUUUCAAUAAUAGUGUUAUCAUUUAGAGCCUGUCAGACAUUGAGGGAACGAAAAGUAUCAGAAGUUCGACGAGUUUUAUGCUGUUCAAUGGAAAGUGUUGAUGAGACAACAUUAAGUCUGGAUCGUUCAGUUCGACAACAUUUACAUGAUACGGCUGAAAUAUAUCCAAUGGGCGAAAUUGAACGACAAGUUGCUAAUCAGGUGCUAUCAACUUUACAUGAGUAUCCAUGUUUAGAAUCAUGUACACCAUUGAUUCAUUUUAUAAGUAAGUGUGUAAGAUUAGCAUGGAAAAUGGUUAAUCAAAAAUCACCAUAUUAUUUGGAUAACGAUUUUACAUUAGGUUUUCUUCGUCCCGAGAAACACGAUCGUCAUCCACAUUCUGAUAAACGUUCCGAUUUAAUAAAAUCAUUUUUAUGGCCGGCAUUAAUGCAAAAUAAUCGUUGUGUUUUCAAAGCAGUCGUUUCAACAUAAUUUUAUA